UUUUUGAUCGAGGUAUUCCAUGAGUUGCAGGUCAUAGCUAGCACGGACAUAGAUCCAUCUGCGGAGAGAGCCAUCUCUUCGAGACGCUCAAUGCACCCCAGACGUCUGCACACUGACCGACCGCCUGGAGCACAGUGCAGCCAUGCACACACCAACGUCGGUACACGUCUAUCGACACUCACUCACAUGACUCACUCACAACACGCCACAUCAACCACGCACACCAAUGAACCCAAUCCAUCGAUUCCCCCGCCGUCUAUCCACACACACAUGGCUAAUCUGUGGAUGGGUUCAUCCCUUCUUGUUGAUGUACUCCUGCAGCACUGCGAUCACGUCCCGGGCAGCCGAUCCCCGCGCAAUGCUCAUGGGCGUCUCGUGGCCGUGCUUGGUGGGCUGGGUGGGCGACACGCCUCGCUCCAGCAACGCACGUGCGCCGAUCGCCAGGUUGUUGGACGCCAUGCGGUGCAAUGGCGUGUAACUGAAUGGCAGACAUACACGCAACGACACAUGAAUCGAUGGGAGGAUGGUGUGGACAGACAGACAUGCCCACCCGUAUGUGUCGACGACAUUGGGGUCAGCGCCCUUGUCGAGGAGGAACUCUGUCAUGAGCUGGUUCCGCUGGCUCAUGCCGCACAUGUGCAGCGGCCGCGCGCCGCCCGUCGUCUCCUCCUCGAGAGCCGACGGCGAGAUGGCCAAAAUCUCCUCGACCGCCUCCUUGCCCUUGCUCAGCGCCUCGAUGAUCGGCGCAUAACCCCCACCUGCACAACAUACACACACACACACACGCACACAAUCACACACAGUGGACAGCACCUUAGUGUGGUGUGAGUGACUGACCUGCGUACACGGGUCCGGGGUUUGGGUUGUGGUUCUGAUACUGUCGGCCGUAGACGACCUCGCCUUUCUCGUCCUUCUUGACUUUGCCGCCAUAGAUGCCCGGGCCGACAGUGUCGGCAUACGGGUCAAAUCCCUCCGGAUCAGUGUUGCCCUGACCGACACACACCGACACAGACACAGAGAUACACACACAUAACCUUUUCAUCUCCUUGGUGUGUGCUCAUUGCUCAUGCUAUCUGUCUGUCCGCCCACUGACCUGUGCGCCGUAGUGCUCGGCCAUUCCCUUGGCAUAAGGGUCAUGCUGAAUCCUCACGCCGUCCUUCCUGUAAUACUCGCGCGCCGCCGCACUGCUCGCCGACAUCCUGGUGAGUGUUGCGCUGGUGCUGCACAGGCCGCCCUGGGUGGCGCAGCUGCUACUGGGAGGGGGGGAGGCGAAAGCAGAGGGACGCACUGACGCCAAAAACAGACACAGCUGGUUCAGGCGAACCCGCAUGAACUGGGGAGGGCGGGGAAAGAAGGCGAAGACAGCUUCC